UCUGGCUGCGGCGGCGCUGGCCGCUCCAGGCCUGCGCCAGGUCGCCUCACCUCCGGCCCGCCCCCUUGCCCCGCGGCGCCGCGAACCAGCCCGCUUGCGACCCCCGAGCCCCACAGUCGGCGUUGCUGCCCCUCCAGUCUGCGGCGAGAAGGGGCUGGGACUGUGGUGGGGCCCCGGUCCCGGAGAGCCUCGAAAGGGCCGGGCAAGCUCGGGCUGCCGCUGCUCUCCGGUCCACGUGCAGGGCCCGGGUCGGCGGGGCGCCGAGGUUUCUGGGUUGGACCCAGUUUCUCCCGCGCGAGCGAAGUGGGGUGACUUCGUUCGUCUGUCACUGAGAUCCCAGGGGAAAAACCCUGUUGGAGGCUAUGUGUCUGUGAAUCACAGAAAGGACAGUGGUCAGGAUGUCGGCCCUCAACUGGAAGCCCUUUGUGUACGGAGGGCUAGCCUCCAUCACGGCAGAAUGCGGUACAUUUCCAAUUGAUUUAACCAAGACACGGCUCCAGAUUCAAGGCCAGACAAAUGAUGCAAACUUUAAAGAAAUUAGGUAUCGUGGAAUGUUGCACGCGUUACUGAGGAUAGGCAGAGAGGAAGGGUUGAAAGCACUGUAUUCAGGGAUUGCCCCUGCGAUGUUGCGCCAGGCUUCCUAUGGCACCAUCAAGAUAGGCACUUACCAGAGCUUGAAGCGUUUAUUCGUUGAACGCCCGGAAGAUGAAACCCUACUGAUAAAUGUAGUAUGUGGAAUUCUCUCUGGAGUCAUAUCCUCAGCCAUUGCUAAUCCAACUGAUGUUUUGAAAAUACGGAUGCAAGCACAAAGCAGCAACAUUCAAGGAGGAAUGAUAGGCAACUUCAUUAACAUUUACCAGCAAGAGGGAACACGAGGACUGUGGAAGGGUGUGUCCCUUACUGCUCAGAGGGCUGCUAUCGUCGUUGGCGUGGAGCUGCCUGUCUAUGACUUCACCAAGAAGCAUCUGAUUCUCUCAGGCCUGAUGGAAGACACUGUCUACACCCACUUGCUUUCAAGCUUUACCUGUGGUCUGGCUGGGGCGCUUACCUCCAACCCUGUGGAUGUUGUGAGAACACGUAUGAUGAAUCAGCGAGUCCUUCGAGAUGGCAGAUGCUCUGGCUACACAGGUACCCUGGAUUGCUUGUUACAGACGUGGAAGAAUGAAGGUUGUUUUGCUCUCUAUAAAGGGUUUUGGCCCAAUUGGUUGAGGCUUGGUCCUUGGAAUAUCAUUUUCUUUGUGACAUAUGAGCAGUUGAAGAAAUUGGAUUUAUGACAAGUCAAGGCUGCAUGAGGUGGUGCUCUGAAGUUGCUCACUUCCAAAACAGUAGAGCUUCGGUGUUUCGCUCUGCUUCUUUCUCACUGCUGGGCUUACUGCAGAUUUGGAAGUAUAAGCAGCAAAGACUGGGUUAGUUCAGAUUGUAGCAUGCUGGCAUUGGACAUUCACACCAGAAGGUCAGUGGUAUAAACCAUGAUAUCCAAACACUAGUCCUUACC